UCGACAGCCGUGAGGACAGUUCAGCCAUACCACGCCAUUUCGGUUAUAACGCGGCCUCUUCCCAGAUAGCCCGCAAUUCCAGAUACCCACACCGUUCAAGGUAUAUCCGCGCACGAUGGCCACCAGUGUAAGCAGCAAGCAGGGCAAGGUCAAAGCGGCGAUUGUUGGUGGUGGCGUCGUCGGUCUUACAUGUGCCAUCGCGUUGCAACGCCUUGGCGUUCCCGUCGAGCUUUUCGAGGCUGCGGCUCACUUUGGCGAGAUUGGAGCCGGCGUAGCCAUUGGUCCCAAUGCAGCACGGAUUCUCCAAUCGCUUGGCAUCCUGGAUGAGAUCUGUGCAAAGACCGGGGAACCUGGCCUUACGAUGAGAUCGUUCCUAUUCGUUUCGGGCCAGGAGGGCCACGAGCUCCUGUAUGAGGUGCAAAUCGCAGUUUCAGCCUACGAGCAGUAUCCUGAAGAAGAAGGAUCCAACUCUCUGGGUGCUCACCGUGCCUCCCUACUUGAUGCCCUUGUGCAAUUUCUGGAUCCGAAUACCGCGCACUUUCACAAGAAAUGCAUAUCGCUUAGUACGUCUGAACGCGACCCCCAAAGGACAACAAUCCAUUUCGCAGAUGGCACCUCGUAUGAGGCUGAUGUCGUCAUUGGCGCCGACGGCAUUCACAGCUCUGUACGCGCUGCGAUGAUCGGAGAAGAGACCAGUCGACCGGUUUUUAGCAAUACCGUCUGCUACCGUGGCUUGUUUCCGUAUGAGACAGCAAAGGCAGCCGGAUUAAAGACAGACUUCACGUCUGGUCGCCCUGUAAUUUUCACAGGGAGGGAUAAGCAUCUAGUUGUGUUUGGCGUGAGGAAUGCUACACUUAUUAAUGUCGUAGCAUUCUCCGCGGACCACAACAGACCGAUCGGCUCGACGAGCCUUCCUUCGGAAGGUCCUUGGGUAAAGACAGUCUCUCAGGAGGAAAUGAUGCAGGAAUAUGCCGGUUGGGGCAGCGAUGUGAUGAUAUUGCUAAAAUGCAUCGAGAAGCCGAGCAAAUGGUUCAUACAUGUCGUCCAUCCGCCUCUAGACAGCUACGUAAAGGGAGAUGUGGCCCUAGUGGGAGAUGCGGCGCACGGAAUGUUGCCGCAUAUGGGUGCCGGCGCUGGACAGGGCAUAGAAGAUGCGUACGUGCUUGCUCAGUUAUUGGGGCAACCGCAGACAACCGCGUCAAACAUCGAGACCGUAUUGCAAGCAUACGACCGCGUCCGACGGCCUCGCGCACAGAUGGUCUGGGAUGGCAGUGUGCGCGCAGGCGAGAUCUACGACGGGUACGGAGAACACGGCCUGUCGGCAGAAGGAGUGACGGAAGAUCUCGGCAGGCUGUGGGACCCUGUGUGGUACCACAAUCUGGAUGACGACUUGCAAUCUGCUGUGAAAUGGCUUCGAGAGACGUCGGCAUUUCGGCAGGAUUGACUCAGUCCUGUUGUAGUUGAUUUGAAGCGGAAAUAUGACUCAUUUAUGGCUUUGGGUCGUACUUUCACGUCGGGUGAUUCCAUAUUGCCACGGAUGAUUACCAUGGUCGUGAAAUAAAGAGUGCUUAAACUGGCAGAAUUUUGACAUGAUGAC